CCAACUCGUCACAGAAAAGCUACUGCUCUCGCCUCCACCAUGCUGCCAUUCAGUCCCUCAGAGGCAUCCAAAAAUCCACGACAAGUUGCGCCGAAAGGAGACAAACAUCCAAUCGUAGAACUCUUGCCGGUCGAGGUAAUUGAGUAUAUCUUCGAAACUGGGACACGUGCAGAAGGGGCGGACAAAGGCUGGGACGGCGUUCGGAAUGACAAGCAUGGCUUGAACAGACCGCGAAAAUCACUUUUCCCAGUGCGUGUGUCACAUGUGUGUCGACGCUGGAGACGUAUUGCGAUCGAUGUGCCUUCACUAUGGACAAGGCUCGACUUUAUGGAGCCUCGUCCUUUCGAGAAGAGCAAGGUGUGGCUUGAACGGUCGAAGCGGGCCCCAUUGGAUCUGUCUAUUGACUUGUACACAGUCGAGGACGGAAUUGACGUAGAUGAUACUGACUCUCAAUAUGACGAUACUGACUCUUGGGAUGACGAUAUUGACUCUUGGGAUGACGAUAACCAGGGAUAUCAAUGUCGAAAUGACUUAGCUGUACAAGACAUUGACUGCAUCUUAGACUUGAUAAUCCCCCAUGUCUCUCGAUGGCGUACUUUCAGGCUCUCAAUGCGCUUCUACAAGCACGCAUAUUCAACGCUUAUACGCCUAGGAAAAUGUCCAGCGGAUCCCGGCGCGCCAAUACUCCAGGCAUUCGCUCUCUAUUAUAACAAUAGUGGUUCUAGCUCCCGGUUCCCCAAUCUUGAACAUAAACUUCCAUUUGGGGGGCAUGCGCCGAUGCUUACGCAAGCUGUAUUUCAUGGAAUUGAUAUAGACUGGAAGCUUCUUAUCCCUCCUUCAGAACGAUCUGCGAUUUCGUCAUUAUAUUCAAUACCGACUUUCACAACCAACCUCACAGAUCUCGAUUUCAAUUACCACUCGGGGGACGUCCGACCUUCUUACGAGGAGUUCAUAACCAUACUCCGAUGCGCACCGAAUCUAGCCUCUCUCAAAUUCCAUUGUUCCUCACCAGCUCCUCGCCAGCAAGGACUCGUUGCACAACCGAUAUUCCUACCUAACUUGCGAUAUCUUCGUCUCCGAGAGAUUGAAAAAGAAGAUGCAUGCGCAUUAUUGCGUAUGUUCUAUGCUCCGGUCCUAAAAAGUAUCUCCCUCAGCCUUGGCGAGGAGGUGUAUGAUGCAUUUAUACGCCAAUUAGCAGCUCCAAUGCCAUUACCGGAUCCGCAGUCACCCGGUUUUAGGGACCUCAUUUUCCUUCCAUCGUCAUCAGGCGAUGUUCCAGAUUCAUUGUCGUUAUCAGAAGAAGGAGAGGAGGCCGGACGCUUCGUAGACUCUAGAGAGCUCAAAUCCAUCCUACACAAUGUAACUGAAGUGAACCUCACUUGUAUAACCUGCUCAACAGACAGCCCACAACGCUUCUACUCCGCGUGCCAUAACCUUAAACGUCUCAGCCUCGAUAUGAUUUGCAUCCCUCUGGAGUUCUUUUCCGUCUUCAUGAAAGACCAUGCUAUCCCAGGUUGUCAGGGUGGCGGUAGCAACGCCAGUCUUUCUCUUUCCUCCACCACAAGCUCUGUCGAUCUAAUGACUCAGCCCGGAACACCACUCUGCAAACACCUCGAAUCAUUAUCGAUCACGGGAAUUUCGGGUAAACAACUAAUUGCAUUUGUCAAAAAGCGUAAAGCACAGGGUAUACCUUUACAAGAGUUGCAUUACUGUCUAACGUGGAAAGACAUUGCGACGACGACGGAAAAGGAGAGAAGGUUGCUGAAAAGGUGGCUGAUUGCGAACGUCAGGAGUGUCAAGAUUGUUGGUCUUAGAUUAAAAGGGGGUUGAUGACGAAGGAGAAGGGAAGAUGCGAUGGACGAAAUUUAGAGAUCAAUCAAAGUAUGGGCAUGAUAUUGUACCACUGUAUUUUCUUAAGUGUACUCACUUACAGCCUACAUAUAAUCCAUC